GCGUGGGCGAAGCGAGGGGGAAGCCCAAGGGCGGAGCCAGGAGUGGGAGGCCCAGAAGCAUGCAUGGAGGCGGGUUCACAGAGCAGAAGCGGGGUCACACCUGGGGCCAAGAGCUCUCUACAAGGAAGAGGGCAGGGCCAUGCCUGUCAUGAAGGGGUUGCUGGCCCCCCAGAACACCUUCUUGGACACGAUCGCCACACGCUUCGACGGCACUCACAGUAACUUCUUGCUGGCUAAUGCUCAAGGUCCCAGGGGCUAUCCCAUCGUGUACUGUUCUGACGGCUUCUGCGACCUCACUGGCUUCUGCCGAACUGAGGUGAUGCAGAAAACCUGCAGUUGCCGGUUCCUCUAUGGCCCUGAAACCAGUGAGCCUGCCCUGCAACGGCUACACAAAGCUCUGGAGGGUCGGCAGGAGCACCGAGCUGAGCUCUGCUUCUACCGAAAGGAUGGCUCAGCCUUCUGGUGUCUGCUGGAUAUGAUGCCAAUCAAGAAUGAAAUGGGGGACGUGGUGCUAUUCCUUUUUUCCUUCAAAAACAUCACCCAGAGCCAGGGACGGGGACUGGGUCCUCCUGGAGGGAAUAAUCAUGCAGAGAAGACUAGAAGCAGGAAAGGAGGCAGUUCAAGGCUUCGAACAGCCAGGAGACAGGGUCACACUGCUCUACACAGGCUUACCACCCAAUUUGGCCAUCGUGGUCAGGGCAAUGUAAAAGCCAACAAUAACGUGUUUGAACCGAAGCCGUCAGUGCCUGAAUACAAGGUAGCCUCUGUGGGGGGGUCUCGCUGCCUCCUCCUUCACUACAGUGUCCCCAAGGCCCUCUGGGAUGGCCUCAUCCUCCUUGCCACCUUCUAUGUGGCCAUCACCGUCCCCUACAACGUCUGCUUCUCAGGCGCCGAUGACAGCCCCAUCACCACCCGGCACACCCUCGUCAGUGACAUCGUUGUGGAGAUGCUCUUCAUCCUCGACAUUAUCCUGAACUUCCGUACCACCUACGUGUCCCAAUCAGGCCAAGUUGUCUCUGCCCCUCGCUCCAUUGGCCUUCACUAUCUGGCCACUUGGUUCUUCAUUGACCUCAUUGCUGCUCUGCCCUUUGACCUGCUAUAUGCCUUCAACAUUACUGUCACGUCGCUGGUACACCUGUUGAAGACAGUACGUCUCCUGCGGCUACUGCGGCUGCUGCAGAAGCUGGAUCGGUAUUCACAAUACAGUGCCAUGGUGCUCACCCUGCUCAUGUCUGUGUUUGCUCUGCUGGCACACUGGAUGGCCUGCAUCUGGUAUGUCAUUGGUCGAAAGGAGAUGGAGGCUAAUGACCCACUGGUCUGGGACAUUGGCUGGCUACAUGAGUUGGGCAAAAGGCUGGAGUCUCCCUAUGUGAAUGGCUCAGCCAUGGGUGGCCCCUCCCGGCGUAGUGCCUACAUUGCUGCCCUCUACUUUACACUCAGCAGCCUCACUAGCGUCGGCUUUGGCAACGUCUGUGCCAACACAGAUGCAGAGAAGAUUUUCUCCAUUUGCACCAUGCUUAUUGGGGCACUAAUGCAUGCUGUGGUAUUUGGAAACGUGACAGCCAUCAUCCAACGCAUGUACUCCCGACGCUCUCUCUACCACACACGCAUGAAAGACUUGAAGGAUUUCAUCAGAGUGCACCGCCUGCCCCGACCCCUCAAGCAGCGCAUGCUAGAAUACUUCCAGACCACAUGGGCUGUCAACAGUGGCAUUGAUGCCAAUGAGUUGCUAAAGGACUUCCCAGAUGAGCUGCGGGCUGACAUUGCGAUGCACCUGAACCGGGAGAUUUUGCAGCUGCCACUCUUUGGAGCAGCAAGCCGGGGCUGCUUGAGAGCCCUCUCCCUGCAUAUCAAGACCUCAUUCUGUGCUCCUGGAGAGUACCUACUACGACGAGGGGAUGCACUUCAGGCAUACUACUAUGUCUGCUCUGGAUCACUUGAAGUCCUACAGGACAACAUGGUGCUGGCUAUUCUAGGGAAGGGGGACCUGAUUGGGGCAGAUGUCUCAGAGCCAGGACUGGAUCCUGGAUUGGGAUCAGGAUCAGACUCUUCAGGUUGUGCCCUGAAGACGGAUGCUGAUGUAAAGGCACUGACCUACUGUGGCUUGCAACAGCUGAGUGGUCAAGGGCUAGCUGAUGUUUUGCGGCUCUAUCCUGAAUAUGGGGCUGCCUUCCGAGCUGGCUUGACCCGAGACCUUACCUUCAACCUGCACCGGGGCUCUGACCCCCACGGUCUCAGUCGCUUUUGCCGCUCUCCACGCCUUUCUCAGCCCCAGUCAGACAGCUUCGGUUCCUCCUCAGACAAGACCCUGCCAUCAUCCAUCGUGGAGGUGGAAGGAGGCCCAGAGCCUGCGGGAGCCCCUCGACCCCGCCGGCCACUCUUGCUGCCUAGCCUCAGCCCUGCUCGGCCCAGAGGCUCCCUUGCCAGCCUUCUGGGUGAUGAGUUGCCUCCAUUCUCUGCCCUCACUUCUUCCCCUUCCCUAUCUCCCUCCCCUUCCCCUGCCCCGGCUGGCCGGGGCCAAAGCCCCUCCCUUCAUGCCCCCCUGAAGGGUCCCGCUGCCUGGAAGGCCCCUCAGCUGCUCAUCCCCCCACUGGGCACCUAUGGACCCCCGGACCUCAGCCCCCGGGUAGUGGAUGGCAUCGAGGACUCUAGCAGCACUGGAGAAUCUCAGAGUUUCCACUUUGGCCGAGGACCCAAGCUGCCUCGUCCUCGACGACAUUCACCUCCCUCAGGGUCUGGGCCCAACAAGGAGCUGGCUGCUGAAACAGAGGAGAUGAAGGUGAAAGUCUGUCGACUGAACCGAGAGAUCACCCACCUCAACCAGGAAGUGUCUCAGCUCAGCAGGGAACUUCGCCACAUGAUGAGUUUGCUUCAAGCCUGGCUGGCAACCCAAACCCCCUUCACAGACUUUCCUGUUCCCACUGGGCCUUCUACUCCUCCAUGUCCACCACCAAGACCUCUUUAUGUUUCUCCAUUGUUUACUGAGCCAUGCCCUGUGACCCAAGAUACCACAUGUGCUGAGGUCCACUGUCCCCAAAGUUCUCCCCCAGCUGGACUGAGGGAAUCGGAAAUGGGGACCUCUCCCCGGAGCUCCAGGCCUGCCACACCAACCCUACGCCCCCCACAGCUACGCCCUUCUAGCACUGCCUCUCGGCCUGCCCUGCUAAGACCAUCAUCUGGGCUGGAAGUGCCAUCUCCACCUGCUGGUUCUGUCUUCCCCAAUGGCUCAGCUCCACUCCAGAGCACCAACCAAUAUCACUUUCACUCUAGUUCAGACACUUUCCACUGACCACGGUUUUGGGGUCCAGGCCUAUCCAGUGGGGGCUUGGGUCACCCCCCUGGGAGGGUUUGGGAACUUUGCCUGCCCACUACAGGGUCAAAAGCCACUGGCUGGACUGGUCAUCGUAGAGUCCUCUGGACUUCAGAGGUGUGACAAAUGGUGGUGAACCCUGACCCCACUCCCUCUUUCAUCCUUUCCUUUCUGCCCCUGUACUCCUGGUGGAGCCAUCUGAGCCAACCAUGCCCAGUGGGCAUGAGACAAGGAGUUGUGCCUUCGUCAGACUGGGCAGAGGAAGUGCCUUCUCCCAGGUGACCUGAAAGCAGGUUCCAGCUCAAGGUGACCAGUCUGGCUGUGGACGACCCUUCAGAUAUUCCCAGGAACCACCCUUUCCAAGCUCUCCACUCCAGAUCCCUUCCUCCAGUUCCCCAACUGUGACUCAGCCCAUCUACCUCCCUCCCUGUUCUGUCUCACACUCAGGGUCCCCUCUCCACAUAAACCAUUCCUGCUCCCUGAGCAUUGGGCCAUAUCCUCUCAUCCCCUAUUCUCCUCUAGAGAACCUUCUUUUUCCUCUCUCUGACUCUCAUAGGGGAAAUAAAAUUCUCUUUAUUUUUGUA